CAAACCCGCAAAGGGCCGUCGGUUUAUCAUUGGAUCCGAAACGAGAAGUGGCCGCAUGAAGAUCUCGAAUUGGACCUCAUGAAUGGAGCCGAUGCACUUGAUGAGGAAGGUCAGGUCGAUCUACUGACCCAGGCCUCCAUGGCCUCCAUUCCUUAUGCUUUGGACCAAUGCAUCACUUACCUUGAAAGCAGGGACAGCUUUUUGUAUACCCACGAUUGUGGGAUUGCCGAUAAAGAGGACGAGAUCUGCCAGAAAUUGUUGGAACAAAACUUUGACAAGCCAACAGGCAGGGCACGUGACCUCGAUGCUCUCCGAUAUCUCAAAGACAGAGGACGGUCUAAAAACAAAACCGGAAUCAUUCGAAUGAUCGGUCAAUUGCUUGUCCCCUCGGCCGAGAUUGAGAUAUUCCGUGGCAAACUCCAGACGGUCAAGUUAACGGAGACCAUUAACGAGGCUUGGAACUAUUCCCGUCCAGCGGACCUAGAUCCGUCAACUCGACCAUUGUGGGAUCACCUCCCAGCACCCCAGCCCCAUUAUGCUGCUGGAUUUUCCCCAUAUGCCUUCACCUCCGAGCAGCAUGAUGCGCUAAUCCCCUUCCUUGGCGGGUUCGAACAGACUUCAAUCUGGAAGGGCACCGAAAACAUGCUCUUUCCCUUCCUCACGGCCGAAGCCAAGUCUGGUCAAGCAUCUCUUGAAAUCGCGGACCGCCAAAACGCGCACAGCAUGACACGGGCUCUCCGGGGCGUGGUUGAGCUGUUCAAACUUGCCCAGUGUGAGGAUGAGUUGCACCGAAAGAUCUUAGGCUUUUCCAUUUCGCAUGAUGAUCACGAGGUGCGGAUAUAUGCCCAUUAUCCGGUCAUUGAAAAGGGCCGCGUGCGAUUUCAUCGGCACCAGGUGACGGUGCUUAUCUUUACUCGACCGAGCGAAGCGGAUCGAUGGGGGUCAUACCAUCUUGUCCUGGCUGUCUAUCAUCGCUGGGCUCCGGAGCAUUUCAAAUUUCUGUGUUCUGCCCAUUGA